AUGUUGCAAGCUCAAUCACUUUCUCCCAGGCCUCCGGGCAUCAACCGUGGCCUGCAGACCAACAAUGCCAGGAUCACAGUGCAGGAGUACACUUUGCUCAGCUUCCUGCCGGGCUUGUAUCGACAAAUCGUGCAGGCGUCCUACGACACCGGAGCCGUCAUUGAUCACCUCGUCUCGACAUCGCCUGAGAUUUGGCCUCGAACGGGAUGGAACCCUCUCUACGAAGCGGAGCUCGCCGACGCCUACCUGUCCAUCAUCCGGACGCUUGCAAGAUCAUCUUCUGGCGAAGCCGACGUCGUGGUGUCCGAGGCUCUCAUGUCCAAACUCGAAGGGGCUAUGGCGUUGGACAACAAUGAUACACGCAUGAGGGGCGGUCGCUUCAUCCAUCGACGGAGUCAGCACUUAUUCCGCUGCUUAGCCGAAGUCUCGCAUCAAGCCAAAAGCUCGAAAAUUGGGAACGUCUUGGCACAGUUCUUCUACAGAUAUGCUUCUGAGAUUGCUUCGGUCGAUCAGUCGUCGGCGCUUUGCCAGUGGUGCUACGCACUCUUGCGUGCCACUACAACGGACAUGGAUCGCUACGAUUGCCUCAAGCGAGUACUACGUGUACGGCCGGACUUGCCGGCCAAGAUAGCUGGGUCAGGUAACAAGGCGCACAAGGUGGCCCAGCUGCUUGACCGAGUCGCCACGAAUAUGAGCAGAAGAGAGCUCAAGCCUCGGGUGGAGGCCUUAGACUGGUGUUACCCUGAAUGA